AUGGCAGAUGCUGAAAAAGCCGACAGGCUGCCUGCAGCAGAACGCAAGCGUUUGAAGAAGGAGGCGGAGGCAAAGGCCAAGGCCGAGGAGAAGGCCAAGAAGAAUGCUGAGAAGCAGGAGCAGGCUAAAUCUUCUGGAAGGCCGCAAGAAGAAAAUCUGGAGGACUUGGAUCCGACAAAGUACAGAGAAAAUCGGAUUGCAGCCUUAAAAAAGCUGGCCGACCCGUAUCCACAUAAGUGGAAUGUGACCAUUUCUAUCCCCCACCUCGUGGAGAAGUACAAAGACAUCGAGGCAGGGGCGCACAUGGAGUCGGAGAUAGUGUCUAUCGCCGGUCGAGUCAAGAACAAGCGGACAUCUGGAGCGAAGCUGCUGUUUUACGAUCUCUUUGCAGACGGCGUGCGUGUGCAAGUGAUGUGCCAAGCACAGCAUCAUGAAGAUGGCGAUUUUGCAGAGGAGCAUGCGAAGAUCAACCGUGGUGACAUUAUGGGUAUUCGUGGUUUUGUCGGCAAGUCCAACAAGGGCGAGUUGUCAGUUUUCCCGAAAGCAGUAAAGCUUCUCUCAACUUGUUUGCACAUGCUACCAAAAGAUCAUCAAGGGCUGAAGGACCAGGAAGUGAGAUAUCGAAAGCGAUACUUGGAUCUCAUGUUGAACGAGGAUGUAAGGCGCACCUUCUACAUCCGAUCCAAGAUUGUCAAUUUCAUUCGGCACUAUCUUGACAGCCGUGGUUUCCUCGAAGUAGAGACCCCCAUGAUGAAUAUGAUUGCCGGCGGUGCAACUGCAAAGCCCUUUGUUACCCACCACAACGAGCUGAACUUAGACUUGUUUAUGCGAGUGGCUCCCGAGCUUUACCUGAAGAUGUUGGUCAUCGGUGGCUUGGACCGUGUUUUUGAAAUCGGCAGAAACUUCCGCAAUGAGGGCAUUGACCUGACACACAACCCAGAAUUCACAGCAUGUGAGUUCUACAUGGCAUACGCAGACUACAAUGACCUGAUGGACAUGACCGAAGAGCUUUUCAGCGCCAUGGUUUUGAACAUCAAGGGAAGUUACAAAAUUGAGUAUCACCCGGAGGGACCUGAUGGUCCAGCAGUGGAGAUUGACUUCACUCCACCGUGGCCGCGCAUCUCCAUGGUUGAAGAGAUCGAGAAGAAGGGCAAUAUCAAACUGGGGCGCAAUUUUGACGACCCGGCCACGGUGAAGCAGCUGGAUGACCUUGUGACCAAGCUGGAGUUAGAAUGCCCCCCGCCGCGAUCUGCCGCAAGGCUGUUGGACAAGCUCUGUGGCCACUUCAUCGAAGACAACAUUGUCAACCCAACAUUCAUCACCGAGCAUCCUCAAGUGAUGAGCCCGCUGGCCAAGUGGCACAGAAGCAAAACUGGCUUGACGGAGCGUUUCGAGCUCUUCGUCAACACAAAGGAGAUUUGCAAUGCAUAUACGGAGCUGAACGAUCCGGAGAGGCAAUUGCAGUGCUUCAUGGGCCAAGCAAAGGCAGCCCAAGAGGGUGACGACGAAGCGCAAGGAGUUGACCACGAUUUCGUCACUGCCCUGGAGCACGGCUUGCCACCGACAGGAGGCUGGGGUUGCGGCGUUGACCGCCUCACCAUGUUCUUGUCGGACAAGAACAACAUCAAGGAGGUCAUCCUUUUCCCAGCCAUGAAGCCUCUCUGA